AUGAUCGCUUGUUUAUUUUCUUUUUUACCUGUCGUGUCGUGCCAUAUUAUCGGUUCGACUCGCACACUUCAUCGUGCCGUACCACGACGAGCACAUGCAAAACGAGAUGAUGGCUUUCGUAAACCAGCGAAUGUGCGCAUUGUUGUGGUGGGUCCGUCGAAUUGUGUAGUUGACGAAAGUUGUGUUGAUGUGCUACACCUUGUGGAAUGUCCGCUGAGUAUCCGGGAUGUAGAGCACUCUCAACUUGUUCAGAAAGUUCGCGAACUGGCCGCGAACUAUGGUUCAACCAGCCGUAGACUAUGCGCUUUUGAGAAGGAACUUCAAAGAGCUGUCGCCAAAAUAAGGCAUUGCAUAAUGGCAUCUCAAUCACAACCAGAUGCAUGGCUGGAGAGAGCGAUUGCUCAAAUCGGUGCAUUUCCGAUGUUUUUAAAGCCGAGUGCUUCAAUAACUUCGUGUAUGCACACUCGCCAUAUUGCACGAAAUGAACAUGAUUUUCUCACAUGGGCCAGGGCUCGAGCGGUAAACGUGAAUCCGAGCGGUGAGUACGUGGUCGAAGAGUGCCUUCAAGACGGGUAUGAGUUCACUGCGAUGUGCUCAAAAGCGGGUCUUAUUGGUGACUAUUUGCAUCUCAUCCUUUCACAUGUUCCAAUUGUUUAUCGCAAUUGCUUUGUGUAA